AUGUCAAAUUAAACUUAUAUUAUUAGAGAACUAAUAGAUAAACUUAGUUAACAACACAAAGACUAUAAAUUAUUUAAAUAGCUCAUAAAACGUCAGAGUAAGGCUCUUGAAUCAUUCAAUAAUGAAAUGAUUUAAAUUAGCCGCUAAUAUAAUAGUGAUCUAUUCAAUGGAAUUCAUUAUCAUAUGUCUCACUUCUAAAGCGACUUAUAAAAUCAAUAUGCUUUACUCAAGGAACUAGGCAAACACUUUUAUGAAAUUAAAUAGGAAGUAUAAUUCUGUAUUUAAAUUAGGCGCAAUAUUAUUCUAAAAAUUAUACUAAAUUUGAAUUAAAACUUAAUUCUACUUCAAAUGCUUUUGAUGAAAAUUCCUUAAAAGUUAAACAAACGCUAUAAGAAACAACUAAUUUCUGGGCUUAGAAAUAAGAAUACUCAGUCAUUAGAAUAAAUGAUAUGUCUAAUAAAGGAGAGGAAAUAAUUAAAAAAACUAAUAGUUUAAUUUAUAAAUUUUCUGAAAAACAUUUCUUCUUCAUUGAAAAUUAUAAAACUUGCUCUGGUAGAAAAAGUAGAAAUUCAUCUUGUAAUCGAACAUCUAGUUCUAUAUAGUCUGGUUUGAAAUCAAAAGAAACAACAAGUAUUUAUUAAGACAAAAGCAUUGACUAAACAAAUUGUUUUUAGGUCGGAUAAUCAAUUCAAGAUUUUGAGUCGAAUUUUAAUACAUUAAGUAUUAUUGAAAAGGAAUAGAGUUAGUUAGAAGAUAGACGGAACUUAAAAAAAUGGGCAUGA